AUGGGUUCUUCAUUUUCUAAGCUGUUUAGCAGCCUUUUUGGCCACAAGGAGAUGCGUAUCUUGAUGGUGGGUCUAGAUGGUGCCGGUAAGACGACUGUUUUGUACAAAUUGAAGCUGGGUGAAGUUGUGACCACAAUCCCAACCAUUGGAUUCAACGUCGAAACCGUGGAGUACAAGAACAUCUCCUUCACUGUGUGGGACGUCGGUGGACAGGACAAGAUCAGACCAUUGUGGAGACACUACUUCAGAAACACCGAAGGUAUCAUUUUCGUGGUAGACUCGAACGACAGAUCGCGUAUUUCCGAGGCCAGAGAGGUUCUUCAAAGAAUGUUGAACGAAGAUGAAAUUAGAAACGCGGUCCUGUUGGUGUUCGCUAACAAGCAGGAUUUGCCAGAAGCAAUGUCGGCCGCCGAGAUCACCGAGAAGUUAGGCCUACACUCGAUCAGACAACGUCCAUGGUUUAUCCAGGCUACUUGUGCUACUUCUGGUGAAGGUUUGUACGAAGGAUUGGAGUGGUUGAGCAACAACUUGAAAAAUCAAGCUUGA